AUGCUCUCGCAGAAUGUGUCCAAGACGACGGUGCCGUCGUACUACAUGAUCCGCACCAACCUCCCGCAGCGCAAGCCGCAGAACCAGUGGGAGGGGGUGUAUUACUUCAGCGGCAUCACCAAUCGGCAGCGCCACCUCGUCUUGCUCCAGCGCAAACGCGAGCGGGAGGCACACAUGCGGGCGUUCAGUGCCUCCUGUGCCAAUGUGCUGCGGUUGUUUGAGGGGGACACUCAGCAGCAGCAAACGGCGCAGGCGCCAGAGCUUUCCUCCCCGCGCGGUCAACUCGAUCUGGCCACGCGUUUGGCGCAGCACGGGCUUUACCAGCAGGCAAGCCACAUUGUAGAUGAGUUGCACCGACGGCGUGCACUCGGCGUGAACCACUAUACUCUUCUCAUUGACGCACUUGCAGCCCCUCGUGUGGGACGGCGGAUUUUGCACUGCAGCGCACAGAGCGACCCCACGCUCACGUACAAGUUACUUGGAGACGAUAACGGCGAGGAGCGGGCACAGGAGGCGUACCGGUGGUUUGACAUGGCGCUCGCACAGCUGACGGCAGAGUGCCGGAUGGGCGGUGAUGGGCACUGCCCACCGCAGGCCACAGCGGCUGCCACGCACCUGGUGAACGCGUUGAUGCGUACGCUUUUGACCUGCGGCUACACGCAUGUCGCCGCCGUCCCUGACGCGGUGUACGACCGCAUGGGGAUGAUGGGCAUUUCCCCCACAAUUAGCACCUACGAGCUGGUGAUGCUCGCCCUAUCGCUGCAGGGAAACAUGCAGGAGGCAGAGAGCGUCUUCUCCUUCCUGCGCAAGCACCACAAUGAGCACGUGACGAUUGGCAGCUUCAACGCACUUCUUUUAGGGCACCGCGAGGGUCGGCAGUUUGACCGCUGCGACGCCAUCUGGCAGGAGCUUGUGGACCGCCGGUGGCCGCGCGCCAACGUGCUGACGGCGGAGCUUUACCUGCGCAGCAUCGUGGACCACUCCUACACACCCACGAGUGAGCCGCUGCAGCGCUUCGGGAACAUCAACGUGGUUGAGAAGAAGAAGGUGCCGCUGGUUUUGGCGCAGAUGGACGAGCUCGGCAUCCCGCGCGCCCACCUCUCGCGGCCGCUCAUGGAUGAGGUGGAGGACGCCUUGCGCAAGUUCUGCAUCUACAAGUCACGCUUCUACGAGUGGGGGCGCGCGGUGAAGCAGUUCAACUUCAUCGAGUUCCGCCGCCGCAACGGGUGGAUGUACGACCUGCACCUGAUGAAGAACACCACGAAGCAGGUGGGGCCGCUGCGCGACUUCAACCAGCCAGACGCCGUGCAGGCAGCCGCGGCCACGGUGGAGCUGCCCGCGUUCUUCAACGAACGCCAGGCGUGGGAGAGGCCGCCGCUGGAGGAGACGUUGUCCGUCACGGAGACGAGGGAGCGCUACGACGACGUACGCGCAGGCGACAUCUACGAGGACAUCACCCGCGGCCUGCACGACCGCUCCCCGACGUGGAUGAACGAGGUGCCCGAGACCCGCUACGAUCGCCUGUACGGCGUGAAUCACCCGGACAUCGCAAAGAUUGGCAUCCGGCGGCACCUGAGCGCGGAGUACGUGAACCGCAAGGAGGUCGUGGAGCGUGACGCGGCCCUCAUGAAGAAGAACUUGAGCAGCGGCCGGCGCCUGCGGCACAAGGUGGAGUCGUCCCGCACACACCGCAACGCUGGCUCACUGGGCGGCACCGCCGCCUCCACGUCUGCCUCACGGUAG